CACACACCUGCCGCUCACAAUAUCCUGCAAAGUUGAGGAAGGGAUGGACUCUUGGUGACUGGCGUUUCUGCCUCGUGGCCAAGCAGACGUGUCACGGCCUUUGCAGAUAUGGGAUGUUUCGAGGAAACACUGCCUUUAGGAGAAGGGGCCCUACGAGAAACACACCUUGUUGCCGGUAGCUCAUUGGACAAUGCCCUCUGUCCCUUGCUAAUUCCUCUUGUCACCAUCGGCAUUGUUUCCUGGUUGCCCAAUGCCACCUUGGAUGCCUUGAAGGUAGCUGGCAGUAUCGUUCCCUUCACCAGUGCUGGAGACCCAUACAUGGAUUUCAAGGAACAGACCAAAACAUUAAGUUGCUGGAAACUGUUGCCCUUUCUGUUCCUUCAACUGAUGCUCAGCAUGCUGAUUUUUGCUUACAUCCGAAAUGUCCAGCAGACAAACUCUUCGCUCACCAUGUCUCCCAUGCUAGAACCACUGAAACAACACAAAACAAGCACCCCUAUUGACAAGGGACCCCCGGAGAUCACCAUCCUGCUAUGGACUUGGCCUUUUGGGAAACAGUUUAACUUCCCCAAAUGCUCCUCGCUCUUUGACAUUCGAGACUGCCACUUCACUGUUAACCGAAGCUGGUAUGCCAAGGCUGACGCAGUUGUCGUACACCACAGAGAUGUAUGUUACUCCAAAAACCUCCCCUCAAAUCCAAGACCACCUUCCCAACGCUGGAUCUGGUUUAAUUUGGAGUCUCCAAGCCACUCCCCCAAUCUGGGUUUCAUGGAUAACCACUUCAAUCUCACCAUGUCGUACCGGAGAGACUCGGAUAUCUUCAGCCCUUAUGGAUGGCUGGAGUUCCUUGAUCGGCCACAGAAUGUCUCUGUUCCACCCAAGUCUAAGCUAGUGGCUUGGGUGGUCAGCAACUGGAACCCACGGUCCCGUCGGGUACAAUACUAUCAGGAGCUGAAGAAGUACAUACAGAUCGAUGUUUAUGGAGAGCAGCACUUGCCUCUCUCUGUGGACAAGCACUUUUCCACUUUAACCCAAUAUAAAUUCUACCUCUCCUUUGAGAACUCCAUCCAUGAAGACUACAUCACUGAGAAGAUCUGGAAGAAUGCCUUUCUCUCGAUGGCUGUUCCUGUCGUUUGUGGCCCACCACGGAAGAACUAUGAGCGCUUUUUGCCCUCGGACUCCUUUAUCCACAUUGACGAUUUCCCCUCUGCGCAAGAGAUGGCUCGUUUUCUACAAGAACUGGACAAAGAUGACGUGCGGUACCAGAGUUACUUCCGUUGGCGGUUGUGGCUGAAACCUGUUGGGAUGACGAAUUGGGGUAUUCACUACUGCAAGGCAUGUCGGGCUUUACAAAAAACCCCUGUUCAGUACACAGCUGUGCCAGAACUGAGCAAGUGGUUCAAAUGAGGUUAAGACUGCACAUCCUUUCGGAUCAGCUAUCAUGUUGGUCAACCAGUUGGAUAUUCAAUUGGAAGUUAAGGUCAAGAAGAAGCCCUCAUUUUUUACUUGACUUUUAAAAGUAGUUUCUUUUCUUUACUGAGUUUUAAAGAUCUUUUUUAAUGAAAGAAAAAAAAUAACAAAUAGAGAAAGAGAAAAA